AUGGAGUCCCCCUCAGCCCCUGGGCUCAGAGGGCGUGUCCCCUGGUGGGGGCUCCUGCUGGCCGUCUCACUCUUAACCUUCUGGAGCCCGCCCGCCGAGGCCCAACCCAGGGUUGAAUCAGUGCCGCCCAAUGCUGCCGAAGGGAAGGAUGUGCUUCUCCGAGUCCACAGUCUGCCAGGGUUUCUUGCAGGCUACGUCUGGUUCAAAGGGGAAAGUGUGGACAGCAGCCAUCAAAUUGCAUCAUAUAUAAUAGACACUGAUGAAAUACACCCAGGACCUUUAUACAGCGGUCGAGAGACAAUAUACCCCAAUGGAUCCCUGCUGUUCCAGAAGGUCACGCUGAAGGACACAGGAUACUAUACUCUACUAGCCAUAAAAGGAAACUUUCAAAAUGAAAGAGCAACUGGACGGUUCCGUGUAUACUAGCCCGUGGGAAAGCCCUCCAUCCGAGCCAGCAACACCACAGUCACAGCACAUAAGGACACUGUAGUCCUGACCUGCCUCACAGAUGACACUGUCUCCAUCAGGUGGUUCUUCAGUAACCAGAGUCUCCUGCUCACAGAGAGGAUGAAUUUGUCCCGGGACAACAGCAUCCUCACCAUAGACCCCGUCAGGAGGGAGGACGCUGGGUAUUAUCAGUGUGAGGUCUUCAACCCCGUCAGUUCCAGGAAAAGUGACCCGCUCAGGCUGGAUGUCAGUAUCACCCUCUUCCCUCCUCUAUGUUAUUAAACCCUGAAUAAAUAUUUU